AUGGGUUUAACGUCGUUUCAAGUCUGUAUGGAUUCGUCUGAUUGGUUUCAGGGCACAAUUCAGGAGGAAACAGGAAUGGAUUCAUCGUCACCUUCAGGAAUCACUGAUCCCAUGCUUGCAUGCUCUCGGCCAUUAAUGGAGAGAAGGUUAAGACCACAACAUGAUCAAGCUCUCAAAUGCCCACGUUGUGAUUCCGCCCACACCAAAUUCUGCUACUACAAUAACUACUCCUUAACCCAACCUCGUUAUUUCUGCAAAACCUGCCGCCGGUACUGGACCAAAGGUGGCACUCUUCGUAAUAUUCCGGUGGGUGGUGGUUGCCGGAAAAACAAGAAAGUCUCUUCUAGUUCCAAGAAAACCAGUUCCGCCACCGCGAAUAACAGCAACGAUAAUACCCUCCACCACCACCACCAGGAUCAUCACCAACAGAAUGUUAACACACAUUUGAUUAACCCUAACGCUAACCCUAACCCCAAUCCUAACCACCACCAUCAUCCAUUGAUCAUGAACUCGAAUGAUCUCCAAUUAUCGUACCCGGAAUCGUCGAUGCAGUUUUCGGGACCUAACUUGUUUGGAAUCGGUUCUUCAACGAACAAUAUCCCGAGUUUCAUGUUUGAAAAUCUGAAUAGUACGGCAACCAGGGCUAUAGAUUUCAUGGAGAAUAAUGGUGGUGGUGGGAAUCAGUUUAUGGGUAUGAUGGGGAGUAACGGUGGUUACGCGGCGGAGAUGGGUGGUGGGAAUGUGUUGACGGCGAAUUACCAUGGUGGGAAUCUUUGUUCACCUUUCGGAGGGAUGACUCUCGAUUCGAUUAACAACAGUUUCAUGGAGAGAGGAUUGAUUGCAUAUGACCAAGGAAAUGAUGUGAAUGAUGAUACAAUUAGUGGACUUGAUGUUAAACCAAAGCUUUUGGCUUUAGAAUGGCAAGAUCAAACUGGUUGUUCUUCUGAUCACCACCACGUCCACGGCGGUUCGGCAAGUUCCGGUGGCGGAGGUAAUGGUGGAAGUGGUGGUGGAUACUUAACGGGUCUUGGGUCAUCAUGGGGUGGUCUAAUGAAUGGUUAUGGACCAUCCACGACGAACCCAUUAGUCUAGGAUCCAUGUGGGUUCGAACCAUUGGUUGGAUGGCUAAGGCUAGCUAGGGUUCGACCUUUUCAAGAUGAUGAUGAUGGCUUGAUUAACAAAGCUUUUGAGUGUGAAAUGGAGACUAAAAAUGGGUGCUUUGGUGGAAUUUGGAUCUUGUUUUU